AUGCACGCUCCCACCGGAGUCACUCGGGCCUUCUUCGUCGGGGUGGUGACAAUCGUUGCUGCCUUCGCCGCCCUCGCCGAUGCUGCGAACGACCCUCUCGGCACCGUGGAAGUGGACUUGAUUUUCCCGCGCAACGAGACGUACGCGCCCUCGCCGGUCCUACCUCUCGUCUUCGCUUUUCGCAAUGCCAAGCCGGGAGUACUGCUCAGUCCGCGGAUCACAUUCACCAUAUGGGACAGGGACAAUAUGAGCAACGCCGUCGUGGGCGAGUCCUUGGAGGUUGACAAAGCCAACAUGUCCACCAACGAUCCUUACUUUCUCUAUCUUGGCUCCACCAAGUUCAAUGUAGAGGGCAAGUGGCAGCUCACCUGGACCCUGGUUUGGUACAGCUGCAAGGACGAGCGGGGGAACGGCAUCGCCACCAAUCUCACGGAUAAUAGCAUGAUCUUCAGCACCAAAAACGCAGCGCCGCAGGUAGAUCUCGUCGCGGCUAGCAACGACGACAAAUGCUCAAGCAGUACAAACGUCGCUCUCGACAUCACCGGCACCGCGAGCGUCCCCAACACCGUACAAUGGCCCGGUGGCGAGACGUGUGCGGUAGUGGCAGGCUCUGAGACCCAGCCGGAUCCGUGUCGAGUAAAGGUAGACUCUGCCGCGGCCUCGAGCAUGUCUGCAUCUAUGACUGCGCAGAUAUGCGACGGCUUGGCGCCACCGGCCGCGGUCGGCUGUCCACCCAAGGACGACAACAAGAAGAAUAGCGCCCAGCGUUUGCUCGUCGGGGUCAUCGCGUGCGUGGGCGCCGGACUUGGGGCUGCACUUUACCUGCUGAUGUGA